AUGAAGUCUCCUCCUUUUGCUUUAGCUGCUCUUGUCUUGGUUGCAGCAGCAUAUGUGAUGCAUGCAACGUCAAUUCUCUUACCACCACCACCACCACCUACCAAUGCUUGUCAACCCCCAUAUCCCCCGCCACCCACACCGACUCCAGCAUAUCCCACGCCACCCACACCGGCUUCAACAACUCCCCCGAUCAGCCCACCGGCUCCAAUAUAUCCCCCCAAAACCCCACCAGCUCCCACAACUCCCUCCACACCCCCACCGGCUCUGACAAAUUCCUCCACACCCCCACCGGCUCCAACAAGUCCCCCGACAACCCCACCGGCUCCAACAAAUCCCUCCACACCCCCACUGGCUCCAACAUGUCCCCCAACAAGCCCACCAUCUCCAACAUAUCCACCAACAACCCCACUGGCUCCAACAUAUCCACCGACAACCCCAUUGACUCCAACAUAUCCACCGACAACCCCACUGGCUCCAACAUGUCCCCCGACAACCCCACCAUCUCCAACAUAUCCCCCAACAACCCCAGCCAACAGAUAUCCACCGCGCUCCACACGAGUCGGGUUCUACAAGACUACAUGCCCACAAGCUGAAGCCAUUGUGCAGUCUGUGGUCCAGUCUGAGAUUCGAUCAAACCAGACAUAUGCACCUGGUAUACUACGAAUGUUCUUUCACGAUUGCUUUGUCAAUGGUUGUGAUGAAUCGGUCUUAAUCGAUGGCUCUUUUGCGGAGAAAACCGCAAGAGCAAAUUCUCGUUUGAGAGGUUAUGAAGUAAUAGAUGCAGCAAAGUCCAUGCUAGAAACCGUCUGUCCGGGGGUGGUCUCCUGUGCAGACAUUCUUGCCCUCGCUGCUCGUGAUUCUGUGGUCCAGACUGGGGGAAGUGGUUGGGCAGUGCCAACAGGUCGUCGAGACGGAUUAGUUUCACUGGCAUCUGAUGCAGAAAGCAUACCUGGUCCUAAAGACUCCAUUGAUGACCAAAUCAAGAAGUUUGCUAACAAAGGUCUUAGCAUUGAAGAUCUUGUUACCCUUGUAGGAGGACAUAUGAUUGGGACAGCUGGCUGUGUCACAUUCAGUGACAGGCUAUACAACUACAACAAUACUAAUGCACCCGACCCUGCUAUUGACCAAGGAUUCCUUCCCCAUCUUCAAACCCUAUGUCCUCUUAGCGGUGAUCUUACAAGGCGAGUGGCCUUGGAUACAAACAGCGAAAACAAUUUCGACAACUCAUUCUAUGAAAACAUAAGGCGUGGACGAGGAGUACUUGAAUCCGAUUCAAAGCUGUGGAGUGACCCACGAACACAAAAGUUUGCGCAACCGUUUAUUGGAGCUAGCAGAUCACAUGGAUCGACAUUCAACAAGAUGUUCGCGAUAGCAAUGGUGAAGAUGAGUAAAAUUGAGUUAAAGACAGGUAAUCAAGGAGAAAUUCGUAGGGUUUGUAAUAGAAUUAAUUAACUGAUAUGAAGACUCAAGGCGAGUGGUAUAACAAA